GAUCAACUCAGGAUAUCUUCAUUGUUCUCAUUGUCUAAGCCCGCAAAUUACCAAUAUUCCCACCUUCCACAAUUAAGCUUCUAAAUCUCUCGCAUUGCAUUCAUGGGCCAAAUCAUCGCGCGCGCCACUCUAGGAAUCAUGGCCACUCAAAGACCCUCUUCAUCUACUAAUUCCGAGAAUACUAAGAAAAGAAAAAGAGACGAUUCAUCUUGUUCGGAAGAAGAUGAAAGAAUCAUAAGCUCUUCCUUACCUUCUUCCUCGACGGCUCGAUGGAAACAUGAUGUUUUCCUUAGUUUCUGUGGCGAAGACACUCGCAGAAGUUUUACGGAUCAUCUAUAUUCCUAUUUAAAAGGGAAAGGUAUUCUCGUCUUUAGGGAUGACGAAUCACUCGAGCGAGGAACAUACAUUUCUCAAGAGCUUAUGCAAGCAAUUCAAGAAUCCCGAUACGCCAUUGUCAUUUUUUCAGAAAAUUAUGCUUUUUCAAAAUGGUGCCUCAGGGAACUUGCCGAGAUCGUUGAAUGGGAGGAAAAGAAGAAUCUCACAAUUAUUCCUAUUUUCUACCAUGUGGAUCCUUCCGAAGUAAGAAUACAAAACGGGACUUUUGCAAAAGCUUUCUUCGCACAUGAAGAAGAUCCCAUGGUAGACAUCAAAGAGAUUAAUACGUGGAGAAAAGCUUGCAAAACAGUCGGGGGUCUUAAGGGAGAACACAUAAAGGGGGACAGGUACGAGUCAACAAUUAUACAACAAAUCAGUGAAAUGAUAUUCUGCAAUUAUACAAUGCCAAAUAGUCUAAUUCAUGAUAACCAGAAAAUUGUUGGAAUAAACUCCGGUGUAAAGGAAAUGAUCAGCUUAUUGCAUAUGGAAUCGAAUGAUGUUCGCUUCAUUGGAAUACAUGGGAAGACACAUGGUUGUGAAAGGAAUGAUGUUCCGUUGUGAAAGGAAAAUUCCACGUUUCGAUCUAGCAACCUCAAUUCCUAAAAAAUAUCUGAGUUGUCUCCGAGAUCCUUCAUUUCGAAUUUAGUAGCCAAAUACUCUUGUAAUGCUUUCAUUUCGCAUGGGUCAUCUCCUGUUACAACCAUAUCAUCAACAUACACAAUUAAAGCUGUUACCUUCCCUUCUUUGUGUUUUAUAAACAAAGUAUGGUCUGAAUUGCUUUGCUUAUAACCGAAUGCCUUCAUUGUAGAAGAGAACCUCCCAAACCAAGCUCUUGGUGAUUGUUUCAGUCCGUACAAUGACUUCUUCAAUCUACAAACUUCAUUUCUACAUGAGGAACUAUAUUUAACUCCAGGUGGCAAAUCCAUGUAGACCUCUUCCUCUAAAUCUCCAUUGAGAAACGCAUUUUUUACAUCAAAUUGCUGUAGAGGCCAAUCCCAAUUAGCUGCUAUGGAUAUGAGAAUGCGAAUUGUGUUGAUCUUAGCUACUGGUGUAAAAGUCUCUUGAUAAUCCAAACCAAACCUUUGUGUA